AUUUGCAAGUGUAAAAUACCAAAAAUUAAUUAAUUAAUUGUUUUUUUAGCAUAAUAUAUCUCCGAGUCCGACUUUAAGCUUUCCUACACAUAUCCACUCUCACGGCUCUGUUCAUCGUCGUCUUCAUCAUAACCAUCAUCAUCGUCUUCGUCGUCGUCGCUGUCAAAAUAUAAUUCCGCAGAUAAAAAAGAAUAAACCGAGUGACGGCGUUUUGCACUAAGAAAACCCUAGAAUUGUCCAUUAAAAUUCUUCGGUCUUCGAGGUCGAAGACCGAUUAACAACUUCUUCAGGAAAUAAAAAAAACUAGGCACUGGAUUCUGCUGAAGUUGAAUUUAGAAUGGGAAAUCGUGGACAAAAGCGUGCCGAAACGGUCGAAGACUUGCCGGCCGAUAAGCGGGCAUGUAGUUCAAUGGAAUUUAGAGCGAGUUCAUCGAACUCGUCGGUUCAAACCCAAAUGAAUCCCACCAACUCGACACCUGAAACCAAUGACCAUGACAUGGAUACUUCAUCAUCUGCUUCAGCUUCUAGCAGGUCUGAGGGAGAACAUGAGAAGGAUUCGGCAUAUGGGUCUUGUGAUUCCGAUGAUGGAGAACAAAGACACAAUGAUCUACGCGACUAUCACAGGCGGAGAUCGUCUGGGGAUCAUGGCAAAUUUAAGAGGAUCAUAACAAGUCUGCGUGAAGAAACAGAGCCUUCUGGGCAGUUAGCAGUGCUUACAGAGCUAUGUGAAGUAUUGUCGUUUUGUACAGAGAAUUCACUUUCAAGCAUGACUUCUGACUCCUUGGCACCUCAUCUUGUUAAGCUUGCAAAGCACGAGACUAACCCUGAUAUUAUGCUUUUGGCUAUUAGAGCUAUAACUUAUUUAUGUGAUGUAUAUCCCCGAUCAUCGGCUUUCCUUGUUCGGCAUGAUGCAGUUCCUGCUCUCUGCCAAAGAUUAAUGGCUAUUGAAUACCUGGAUUUAGCUGAGCAGUGUCUGCAAGCAUUAGAAAAAAUAUCCCGAGAGCAAGCUCUGGCAUGCUUACAGGCUGGGGCAAUUAUGGCCGUUCUGAGUUUUAUCGAGUUCUUUUCAACCAGCAUACAGAGAGUUGCUAUUUCUACUGUUGUUAAUAUAUGUAAGAAACUUCCUUCUGAAUGCCCAUCACCUUUCAUGGAGGCUGUUCCUAUAUUGUGCAAUCUUCUUCAGUAUGAGGAUAGGCAGCUUGUUGAAAAUGUAGCUGUUUGCUUGAUCAGAAUUGUAGAUCGUGUGAGUCAGUCUCCUGAGAUGCUGGACGAGCUUUGUACACACGGCCUGAUACAACAAAUAUCUCAUCUUAUAAAUUCAAAUAGCCGAACUACUGUAUCCUCACAAAUUUAUAAUGGCUUGCUAGGGCUGCUUGUGAAACUUUCUUCUGGUUCAAUUGUAGCAUUCAGGACUCUAUAUGAGCUUAAUGUAAGCAGUAUCUUGAAGAAUAUAUUAUCCACCUAUGACCUCUCACAUGGAAUCUCUUCACCUCAUAUGCUUGAUGGGCAUAGUAACCAGGUAUAUGAAGUUUUGAAGUUGUUAAAUGAGCUACUCCCUACAGCUGGAGACCAAGAUAAUCAACAGUUGUUGGAUAGGGAAUCCUUCUUAGUUAGUCGACCAGAGCUUCUGCAUAAGUUUGGAAUGGAUAUACUUCCGUUGAUUAUCCAGGUGGUAAAUUCUGGUGCAAACUUAUGUAUUUGCUAUGGCUGCCUGUCUGUUAUCAACAAGUUUAUUCAUUUGAGCACAUCCGACAAGCUUGUUGAAUUGCUUAAGAAUGCCAACAUUUCAAGCUUUUUGGCUGGAGUUUUUACUCGAAAGGAUCCUCAUGUCUUGUUCUUAGCUCUACAGAUUGUUGAGUUGAUCCUUCAAAAGCUUUCUUAUAGUUUCUUGGACUCUUUUGUAAAGGAAGGUGUCUUUUUUGCCAUCGAUGCGCUGUUAACACCAGAAAAAUGCCCAGUGUUAACGCCAGAAAAAUGUUCACAGUUGACAAUCCCCGUGUUCAAUGGUGUACAGUUAUCAUUUGAUUCAAGUCAAAAGUCUUCUUCCAGGGAGGUUCUUAGAUGUUUAUGUUUUGCAUUUGCAUAUGGUAGAUCAGCACCAGUAUCUGAAAGAGGAAGUUGCAAGCUUGAGAAUGAUUCUGUUUACAAUCUUGCAAAAAACAUAAAAACCAAUUACUUCUCAUCGGAAGUGUUUGAUUGUGACAAAACAUUGACUGAUGUUCUCCAAAAGCUUAGAACUUUUUCUGCUGCAUUAAGUGAUUUGAUGAGCAUCUCCACAGGCAAGGAUGCUUUUGACCUGCAUAAAGAAGAAUUCUAUGGUAUAUUGCAUCAAGUUAUAAAAAAGCUUAAUGGAAGAGAACCCAUCUCCACGUUUGAAUUUAUUGAAAGUGGAAUUGUUAAAUCUUUAGUCAAUUACCUGUCCGAUCGCCAGUCUUUGAGGAAAAAGGGGGAAUGCUGUGGUGUUCAUGAUAAUAUUAAUGCUGUAGAAGAAAGAUUACAAGUGUUUACAAGGACACUUUUGUAUGCUUCAGAUCCUUUGUCACAGGAGUUGCCCAUAUCAACAUUAAUUCGGAAACUACAAAAUGCAUUAUCUUCUUUAGAAAAUUUUCCCGUCAUUUUGGGCCAUGCGGCGAAGCUGAGGAACUCAUUUGCUGUGGUGCCAAAUGGACGUUGCACAACAUAUCCAUGUAUAAGAGUUCGUUUUAUGAGAGGUGAAGGGGAGACAUGCCUUUGUGAUUAUUCUGAAGAUGUUUUGACUGUUGACCCUUUUUCUUCAAUGGAUGCUAUUGAAGGAUAUCUGUGGCCCAAAGUUAUGGUAGGCAAAAAUAUUAUUGAAUCAGUCACUCGUGCUAUGGACCAGGCAGAAUGUCUAUCACUUCAAUCAUCAUCACCCACAAGCUUUAAUCCUGGUGGAAGUCCGGAUCAUAUGGAGCCCAAUAGGAUGCAGACAGGUUUGCCUGUGAUGCAGGAAGAUGAGGUUAAUUUAUCAGGGUCUGCACCUGAACAAGGAGUCGAUUUGCGAGAGACUAAUCAUGGAGCAUCUUUGAAUGAAACUCAUAUUGGUUCUGCAGAGAGAGAAGUGCAAUUUUCUUCAGAGGCUGAUAAUGAUAUGGAGACGGAUCUUCCUGCAUCAAGUAGCAGUGAUAAUUCUGUGCCAAAGUUAUUAUUUUUCCUCGAAGGGCAACAGCUGGAUCGGGCAUUGACUUUAUACCAGGCAAUUCUGCAGCAGCAAAUUAAAGAUCAUGAGAUGGUCACCAGCACGAAAUUGUGGAGUCAAGUGUAUAAAGUAACAUAUAGAAGAGCUAUAUAUGGACAUGGUAAUCCCAAGGGUUGUUCUUGUUCAGCCCAAAAUUCUGACAUAUCAGAUAAAGUUGGGGGACAUUUUUUCUCUGGCAUGUUUGAUUCAAAACUUGUUUCUGACUUGGAGAAUUCAAGUCCUACAUAUGACAUAUUAUAUCUGCUUAAGAUCUUGGAAAGAGUGAAUAGGUUUAUUUUUCAUAUAAUGUCUCGAGAAAGAAUAUGUGGUUUUGCUGAAGGGAAGUUUGAUAACUUGGAUAACUUAAAAAUUGCAGUUCCUUCAGUUGCGCAGAAUGAGUUUGUAAAUAGUAAGUUGACAGAAAAGCUAGAACAGCAAAUGAGGGACACUUUUGCCGUAUCCACUGGUGCUAUGCCUUUUUGGUGUAAUCAGUUGAUGGCUUCAUGCCCCUUUUUGUUUAGCUUUGAGGCAAGAUGCAAGUACUUCAGAUUGGCAGCAUUUGGUCCUCUGCUCCUUCAACCUCAUGCACCAUUAUCCCAUAGUGAUUCAGGGGGAACAAGUGACAGACGAGUAAGUUCUGUUAGCUUGCCUCGUAAGAAGUUUUUAGUUUUUCGCAACCGAAUACUGGAUUCGGCUGCCCAAAUGAUGGAUUUGCAUGCCAGCAAUAGGGUGCUUCUUGAGGUGGAAUAUAAUGAAGAAGUUGGUACUGGUCUUGGCCCAACUUUAGAAUUUUAUACUUUGGUCAGUCAUGAGUUCGAGAAGUCUGGUCUAGGCAUGUGGAGGGAGGGAUAUAGAUCUACCUCAAAUAUUGGUUUGCUGACUGAGGAUGCUCAAUCUGUGACAUGUGGUCUUGGUCUUUUUCCUCGCCCGUGGUCAUCUAAAUCAGAGGCAUUGGAUGGCAUUCAGUUUACUGAAGUAGUAAAAAGAUUUGUCCUUUUGGGGCAAUUGGUUGCCAAGGCUCUUCAGGAUGGAAGAGUUUUGGAUCUGCAUUUCUCCAAAGCCUUCUAUAAGCUUGUUCUUGGCCAGGAAAUUGGGCUGUUCGACAUCCAGUCAUUUGAUCCUGAGCUCGGCAGGACACUGCUAGAGUUUAAGGCUAUCGUAGAUAAAGAAAAGGUUUUGAAAUCAAUGUCUGCUGAAAAUUCCACAUUAAAACUUGACUCAAGCUUCCGGAAUACCAGAAUUGAGGAUCUUUGCCUUGAUUUUACCCUGCCUGGAUAUCCUGAUUAUAUUCUUACCUCUGAGGCUGAUUGCGACUCGGUAAAUAUGAGAAACUUGGAGGAUUAUAUUUCACUUGUUGUGGAUGCUACUAUAAAUGCUGGAAUUUCCAGACAAGUGGAAGCUUUUAAAUCUGGAUUUAACCAGGUUUUCCCCAUUAAACAUCUUCAGAUCUUCACUGAAGAAGAAUUGGAGCAUCUACUAUGCGGAGAACAUGAAUCUUGGGUGUUUAACGAUCUCCUUGAUCAUAUCAAAUUUGAUCAUGGAUACACUGCUAGCAGUCCUCCUGUUAUUAGUCUGCUUGAGAUCAUUCAAGAGUUUGACAAGAAAGAGAGACGAGCAUUUCUGCAGUUUGUGACUGGGGCACCUCGCCUACCUCCUGGAGGUUUGGCAUCUCUCAAUCCAAAGUUAACAAUUGUUCGGAAGCAUUCUAGCAACUGGGUGGACACAGACCUACCAAGCGUGAUGACGUGUGCAAAUUAUCUUAAAUUGCCGCCUUACUCAUCAAAAGAGAGGAUGAAAGAGAAACUGUUAUAUGCGAUAACAGAGGGGCAAGGAUCCUUCCAUCUUUCUUAGUAUCGCCUAUUCCAAGCUGUAAAGGUGCGCAUGUUAAAAUGUGAAUUUGUAAUUAUUAGAGUAGGCGCAGGUGAUGUAGAUAGAUGAAAAGAAUGGGUGGCAAGUGGAGCUGAUGCUAAUUGUUGGUAAAGGGAGCUGAUUGGUGUGGAACAAGAGUGGGCUUUUUCCUCUUCUCUGACUAGUUCGUUGGACUGUGUAAAUAACUGGCAAGUUUAGAUGGUUGAUUUACUUUUAUGGUGGGAUUUGUACAGAAAAAAGGGGGCAAGGUAGAUCAGUGUCACUUUCAACAUCGUGUAGAAAAGUUCUGUACAGUGAUAUUCAUUAUAACAGGGUAAUUAAAUUGGUUGGUUUUGUGCUUUCAAUGAUAUUGUAGGUCAUAAGCAAAUGGCGUAUAAAAAUCCCUCUGUUUAUUAUUUUUA